UGAAAGUGGACCAGCAAGCUUCGGAGAUCAUCUUAGAAGAAGAGCUGGAGGACCUUGAAGACAUUGAUGAGCUUCGGGACUCCAUACCAGAUACCCAGCCACGCUAUGUGCUCAUUUCAUGGCGCAUCUCGCACCCUGAUGGUCGCAUCUCCUAUCCUAUGGCUUUUAUUUUUACAACACCAAGAGAUUGCCAGCCACAGCUCCAGAUGAUGUACGCAGGGAGUUACACACACAUGAUUAAGGAAUGUAACCUCACAAAGGUUUUCCAGGUGCGAGACCUUGAAGAACUGGAUGAUGAUUGGAUUCAGAACAACUUAGUACGGUAAAAGAUCUCUGCAGUCAACGAGCAGCAGGAAAACACAAGCAAUGCCUCUCUUGAUUCUGAGAACAGUUUGAUUUUUCUUUCCUUUUCUCUCUGUGUUUCUGACUUUUUUUCCCUUAUUUUUUAUGAUGGGAAAAUAAUAGUGGCAGAGAAGAUAUUGUAUCCACAAAAUUGUUCAUGAUUUUUUGUGAUGAAAGGUACUUGGUUGAGGGUAGACAUAAUGAUUAAUAUAGAUAGACCAUGCAGGUUAUAGAAUGAAGCAUGAUUAUAGUUUUAUAAUAUAACACUAGUGUAAAUGCACAUCAUGCACACAUGCACAGGUAAACACAGAGACUUGUACACAACUAUACAUUAGCACACCUGCACUUGUAUGCCUUUACAUUUUUAAAUACACCUGCACAUGCACACAUGCUUCCAUGUUGAUGCAAAUACAUAUACACCUUCAUUUACUCACACAAGUUAUAAUAGCAGUUUCUAUUAAAAGAAGCAUUCAUAUGUUUUGAAUAAGAAGGAAUGCAAGGCUCAAAAUAAACCUGAAACUGAACACAAAUUUGCCUGAUGCUAGUAUCGAAAACAGUUUCUCAAAUAUGAAAGUAUGUCCUAUUUUAAGUAAAUUUUUAUCAAUACCUGUGGAAUAUUCUCAGAUGGGAUUUUCCUAUUGCUAUUACCAUGUUUAUUUGUUUAUUAUAUAUGACAGGGAGAUAUGCUAACAACACAUAGCUAUCAGGACUUGAGUACAAAUUCUACAAGUCAUAAAGAAUGUGUAUAAAGUUACAAUUAACAAACUAAACUUUUUUUUUCCAUUUCUUGUGUGUAUGUUUGUGUGCAGGAUUGUAUAGAUGAGUGAGAGUGUGCAUUCAAGCAUGUAUGUGUAUUUAUUCACAGAGAUUUAUUGGCUUUAAGAUGUAGUUUUAAAUUUCUUUGUAUUCCUUUUAUUGUUGGAAAGAAUUUACUUUCAGUAAACAAGACUUUUUUUAUAUUGAAUAGAAUUAAAGUGCAUUGAAAGGUUUGUGUGUGUUUUGUGUGUGUGUGCACAUGUGUUGUGUUCACAGUGCACUUGAAAAUUAAUGCUUGGAAUAUAUAAAAGGAUCAAAGUUUAAAGAAUGAUAAGUAUUAUGAUAUAAGUCGUCAACCUGAGUAUUGGGAUGUAUAAAUUAUUAAACAUUGCCCUAU